AUGUCCCAACUAUUCGACCCGCUUGGACUCCUAGGACCUGUGGUGGUCAGUGCUAAAAUGUUCAUCCAAUCUCUCUGGGCAGCACAUAUGUCGUGGGACUCUGAGCUUGCGAAAGAAGCAGCCGUAUGGUGGAAGAAGUAUCGUGCAGACAUUAAGGAGCUCAUCCCGCUGCAGGUUCCAAGAAGGGUCCUGUGGAACAAGGAUACAGGACGCCAGUACUCAGUACACUGCUUCUGCGAUGCCUCGCAGAAGGGAUUCGGAUGCUGCGUGUACAUCGUAUCUUUGGAUGAGUAUGGCCAGCUUCAUUCACACCUGCUCACGUCGAAAUCUCGCGUCGCACCUCUUCGUGGACAGUCAAUUCCACGCUUGGAGCUCCGCGCAGCCCUUCUCGGGAGUCAACUGGUCCACUGCUUACGAACUAACACCAACAUCACUGGACCAGUCACAUUUUGGACCGACUCUACUAUCGCACUUCACUGGAUCAAAUCCAGAUCGAAUUCCUGGAAAGUCUUCGUAUCGAAUCGGGUCGCAGAAAUCCAACGCUUAACGAAGGAUGCGCAGUGGAUGCACGUACCAACCGAUCUAAAUCCUGCCGACUAUAUCUCCCGAGGAUUACUUGCAAGCCAGGUCAUCUACGACAAGCUGUGGUGGCAUGGGCCAGAGUAUCUCACAUUCCCCGUCGAGCAAUGGCCAAAGUGUCCGAUUUCGAUGCCGAAUAAAACGGAAUUGGUGGAGGAGAUGCGUGUGCUUAUUUCCCUACAUCUACUACAAGACAACGGAACCAUCUUUAGUGCAUUCUCGGAGUUAGCCAAGCUAACGCGCUUCGUCGCGUACUGCUUUCGGUUUCGGAACAACUGCAAGCUUCCGAAAGAUCAACGCGUGUUGUCCCCGCUGUCGCCUCAAGAAGUGGACUGUGUGCUGGAAUCAUGA